AUGCAGGCAUAUAUCGAGAAGGAUAAUGCUAGAAAUUUGAUGGGGAAGAUGGCAUUGAUGGCUUCCGCCAAGUCAGAGGAGAAAGGCGACCCUGCUCUGAAGCUGAAGAAGAAGGAUGGCGGUGGGGGAGAUGGUGCUUGGGAAGGGAGCCACGUGACGACUUAUGAGGCUGCGUUGGAGGAUGCGAUGACGUCAGUUGUGGUGAAGAGGUUGAAGGAAGUGGGCUUGGGGAAGGAGUUUGAAGGGCAGAUGGAGGUGGUUGGUGGGAUUAGGCGUGGGAAUGUGUGUGCUUUGAGAGCUUAUUACUAA